AUGAUCGACCUGCCCAGCCUGACGCUGCCUAAACAGAGGAUCCAGCUACGUAUGUGCCUCACUCUGGAGACGCAGAGGGUGUUAGAGCACACAUUACAGGUGUCGCCUACCUCUCUCAAGCCAGUUGAUGAAGUGCUUGACAUUCUCCAGGCUCAUAUACGUGACUCCAACAACGAGGCAUUGCGUCGGCGAGCCUUCACUAGCUGUCGGCAGGCGAGAGGCGAGCCCUUCUCCGAGUUUCUCGUCCGACUGAAGAGCCUGGCGGAGGAAUUCGACAUCUGUAAGGCUCACCACCUGGACUGUGAAGAGGCCUGGAUGAAGCACGGUAUCCUGACAGGCGUCCACGACGAGGAAUUGGUGACCAAGAUUGUGUCCCUCGACGCCGCCUCUACUCUUGCUGACGUCAUCAAUGUAUGCAGGGCCCACGAGGCGACGCGGUCAGCCGCCUCUGCCAUACGUGCCUCACCUACAGUGUCUGCUGUCUCAACGUAUAAACAGACGAAGAAAGCAGCACACAAACCUGGAGUCCCCCCUCGCCAACCUUCACCCACUCAUCGGGCGCCUACCUCCUGCAGCAGCUGCGGCAGGCGAGACCACGGCCCGAAGGGCUGCCCAGCAACAGGUGUUACGUGCAGAGGUUGUGGGAAGACUGGCCACUACGCUUUGAUGCCCAAGUGCCCAGCCAGGCAGUCUACGUGCACUGCUUGUAACCGUCUGGGGCACCUGGAGAAAGUCUGCAAGCAAACCAAGGCAAGGAGUAAGUCGCAGCGACCCGAGAAGCCGAAAGGGAAAGAGGGAAGACACCCCACCUUCCACGUGGUGCGGUUACAGUCUCUCACAACGGACCCAGGGUCUCAUGAGGGCCCACCUGAGGCCUCAUGUCAGUCUCCUAUCAGUACUCGUGAUGACCCGACACCUCCUCCUACUGUACGAGUGGAAGUGUUGCAUGACGGUCACUCUGGUGGUCUGGACUUCAUUCCCGACACUGGUGCCGACACGACGGUCAUCGGCCCACAGCACUUGAGAAUGUUGGGCAUCGACAGACAGGCUCUUGGUCCUCCUCCAUCCCUUGCCUACUACAACGCUGAUGGGACGAAGAUGUCUGCUGCCCUCGGUUCGCUCCAGGCCACACUAGUUUACGGCGAGCUGUCUUGUACGGGCUGGAUAGAUGUGCAGGGUUCGUGGAACACCCCACUUCUGUCCCGUGAACACUGUCGUGCUUUGGGGAUCGUGCCUCACGACUUCCCUGCUCAGAUUUUCUCAGCACGAGGCAGUGUCGCCAGUGUAAGGGAGGCGACAAACGCUCCAGCUCCACGUUCCAGCGUGCCUGCGUUACCUCUUCUCAGCACCACUUCCCCAGACGCAGCGAAGGAGUACUUCUUGAGGGAGUACCAGGAUGUCCUCUUGACAAAGGAUUCCACACAGGAUGCUCCACUCAAGCCGAUGUCUGGACCGCCGAUGAGGAUCCACUUACGAGACGACGCCCAGCCGUUUGCUGUCCACACGCCGAGGCUUAUUCCUUUGGCCUACAGGGACGCAGUGAAAGCUGAGCUGGACUCUAUGGUGGCACGAGGCGUUAUUGCUCCUGUUGGUGACGUCCCAUCUUAUUGGUGCCAUCCGAUGGUUGUUGUGCCGAAACCUGGUGGAGGUGUCAGGAUCACUACGGACCUGAGUAAGUUGAACGCACAAGUAUCUCGGCCUGCACACCCAUCACCCACGCCUUUUGCAGCCAUCCGGAGCGUCGAUGCCAGGGCACGCUACUUCACCACGAUUGACGCGUUGUGUGGAUAUUGGCAGAUACCCUUGCAUGAGGACGACCAGGCCCUGACUACGUUCAUCACUCCAUAUGGGCGCUUCAAGUACCUCCGAGGUCCCAUGGGUUUCGCAGCCACAGGCGACGCCUUCUGCCUCCGAGGAGACAUCGCGCUACAGGGAGUGCCACAGUGUGUCAAAGUCGUGGAUGACAUUCUCGUGUACGACGAGGAUUACUUCACACAUCUACGCCACGUUAACGACAUCUUGGCCAGAUGCCGAGCCCAUGGCAUCACUUUAAAUGCCAAGAAGUUUGUGCUGGCGGCUCCAUCAGUGUCCUUCUGCGGCUACAGGCUCUCCCAUGACGGCAUCGCAGCAGACCCUGACAAGGUUCGGGCCAUCACUGAGUUUGCUACGCCUGCUACGUUGACCGACCUUAGGUCCUUCAUGGGCCUUGUCAACCAGCUCGCCAGCUUCUCGCCCGACCUCGCUGCCACUGCUGCGCCUCUACGCCCACUUUUGAGCCCCAAGAAGUCGUUUGUGUGGACGCCCGACCAUGAGCAAGCCUUCCAACGUGUGAAGAUGGCCUUGGCCAGCCCACCAGUCCUAGCUGCCUUUGACCCUGCUCUCCCUACGACUCUGCAGACCGAUGCUUCCCGCCUGUAUGGGCUGGGUUAUGCCUUACUGCAGGACCACGGUGGUGGACAGCAGCGUCUCGUCCAGUGCGGCUCACGUUUCUUGACGGAUACAGAGACCCGAUAUGCGACGAUCGAGUUGGAGAUGUUAGCUGUCGUAUGGGCCAUGGGGAAGACCAAGUUCUACCUCACAGGAUUGCAACACUUUAACCUCGUCACCGAUCAUCGCCCUCUAGUUCCCAUCCUAAACAGCUACUCCCUUGACGCUAUAGAGAAUCCACGUCUACAACGCCUCAAGGAGAAGAUCGCCCGUACAUCUUCACAGCUGUAUGGCGCCCGGGCAAGGAGUUGUGCUGACGAAGUCCUUGGCACUGAUACCGGCUUCCAAGUUAGGAGUAUCGCUACACUACGUGCGAUGGAGUCUCUUGCUCCGUUGGUGCCUCCUGAUGUUGCAGAAGCACCUCCUGGCAGUGACCUUGCCCUUGAGGAGCUUCGUAAGGUGGCAACCGAGGACCCCGAGUACGUCCAGCUCCUUCAUUUUGUGAAGAACGGAUUCCCUAUGGACAGGUACGCCCUCCCCAACGUGCUCCGCCCGUACUGGAAGUUACGGGAGGACCUCUACUGUGAUGAGGAUCUCGUCCUGUACGGUGCACGAGUGUUGGUGCCUACAGCUCUACGUCGCCGUGUCUUGGCCCGCCUGCACGACAGCCAUCGUGGUGUCGAAGCCACCAAGCGCCGUGCUAGGCAGGCUGUGUUCUGGCCAGGCGUGGAUGCUGACAUUGCCAACACUGUUCGAGCAUGUGAGCCGUGCCAGAUUCUGCAGCCCAGUCAACAGCAAGAACCAAGACUCUGUGAUGACAACCCAACUCGACCAUUCGAGAAGGCUUUCUUAGUCAUUGCAGAUCGUCUUUCCGGCUGGCCUGUCGUCGUGUCCUGUGGCGCUGAUACGACGUCUGCUGCCACCAUUCGCCAUUUCCGCCGCCUCUUCAGGGACCUGGGUGUUCCUGUACGCCUGCGCACGGACGGUGGCCCACAGUUCGCCAGCCGGGAGUUUUCUACGUUCCUCGAGCGCUGGGGAGUCCGUCACGACACAUCGACGCCCCAUUACCCACAGUCUAACGGCCAUGCCGAGUCUGCAGUGAAGGCCGUGAAGCACUUCAUCCAGAAGGUGGCACCGUCUGGCAAUAUAGACUGUGAGGCGUUCGACAGGGGUCUCCUGGAGCUUCGGAACACCCCCAACCAGACGGGUCGCUCUCCAGCUCAAGUCCUGUAUGGUCGCCCUUUACGCUCUUGCGUCCCCGCACAUGCCAGCGCCUUCCAGAAACAGUGGCAGGCCAGGGACGAGAGUUGCGACCGUCGAGCUGCUGCCCGUCUCCGUGAUGCCACAAGUCGCUACGACGCUCACGCUCGGCCUCUUCCACCCCUGCAGCGAGGUGACGUGGUUCGGAUCCAGGACCCGACUACGCAGCGGUGGGACAAGGUUGGCACCAUCAUGGGCGUUGGCAGGUCACGGGAUUACCUGCUCAAGAUGCCCAGUGGCCGAGUGUGGUGGAGGAACAGGCGCUUCCUCCGCCCUGCUCCACCCCUAAACGCUUCUUCUACGAUGGAGGACGCCACUGCUCCCUUGGCGGCACCUGAUACGGUGGUGCCCCGCAGGUCGCCACGACUCCAGGAGAAGGCGUCCGCAGCUGCAGUCGCUCGAGUCCCUGUGGACUUCUGAGCGCAGAAUGGGGGGGGAGAUGUGGGUUAUGUAUUGUAUUAAUGCAUAUUACGUGUAUGUGGCAACACUGUGUAUUUCUCUGCGCAUUCAGCUAGCGCGUGAGCCUGUGCUCCCGAGUCGCUACUGGCCG